CAAUCCCCUUCCUGUCGUUAGGGUUUCUUCCCUCUUCUCGAAAAUUCAAGCUCUUUCUCCUUCUGUCUUCUUCUUUCCCCAAAGCCUCUCCCUCUCACCAAAACCCUAACCCACAUUUCCCCGGCGCACGUUAGCACCCGGCAUGGCAGCCCCGGCCGUCUCCCAAUCCCGGCCGUUCAAGACGGAGAGCUACAUCGACAACAAGCGCAAGGACGACGUUCGCUCCGCGAACAUUUCUGCUGCCCGGUCUGUAGCCGAUGCUGUCCGUACGUCGCUGGGUCCCAAGGGCAUGGACAAGAUGAUCUCGACCGGGAAUGGUGACGUGAUCAUCACCAACGACGGGGCCACCAUCCUCAACACGAUGCAGGUCCUCCAGCCCGCCGCUAAGAUGCUCGUUGAACUCUCCAAGUCCCAGGACUCGGCUGCCGGCGACGGCACUACCACCGUCGUUGUCGUUGCCGGCGCCCUCCUCAAGCACGCCCUCUCCCUCCUUUCCAAUGGCAUCCAUCCCACAGUUAUCUCUGAUUCACUCCACAAGCUCUCCAUCAAGGCCGUCGAUGUCCUGACGGCGAUGGCCGUCCCCGUCGAGCUCUCCGACCGCGAUGCUCUCGUGAAAUCUGCCGCCACCUCCCUCAACAGCAAGGUCGUCAGCCAGUACUCCACGCUUCUCGCCCCACUCGCUGUCGAUGCCGUCCUCUCCAUCGUCGACCCCUCCUGCCCGGGCCUUGUUGACCUCCGCGAUGUCAAGAUCGUCAAGAAGCUUGGCGGGACUGUCGACGACACUGAGCUUGUUAAAGGCCUCGUCUUUGAUAAGAAGGUCAGCCACUCCGCCGGUGGGCCCACCCGCGUUGAGAAUGCCAAGAUCGCUGUCAUCCAGUUCCAGAUAUCCCCGCCGAAGACUGAUAUUGAGCAGAGUAUUGUUGUUUCAGAUUACACACAGAUGGAUCGGAUCUUGAAGGAGGAGCGAAAUUACAUUCUUGGCAUGAUUAAGAAGAUCAGGGCUACUGGAUGCAAUGUGCUGUUGAUCCAGAAGAGUAUUCUGCGGGACGCAGUGACUGAUCUGUCGCUGCAUUAUCUUGCCAAGGCAAAGAUUCUCGUUGUCAAGGAUGUCGAGCGUGAUGAGAUCGAGUUCAUCACCAAGACAUUGAACUGCCUGCCGAUUGCUAACAUAGAGCAUUUCCGUGAGGAGAAGCUUGGGUUUGCGGACUGUGUCGAGGAGGUGUCACUUGGCGAUGGGAAGAUCGUGAAGAUCACGGGGAUCAAGGAUAUGGGCCGCACCACGACUGUGCUGGUCCGGGGAUCGAACCAGCUGGUGCUCGAUGAGGCUGAGCGGAGCUUGCACGAUGCGCUGUGUGUCAUCAGGUGCUUGGUGAACAAGCGGUUCCUGAUUGCGGGUGGAGGGGCCCCUGAGAUUGAGCUGUCGAGGCAGCUCGGGGCGUGGGCCAAGGUGCUGCAGGGCAUGGAGAGCUACUGCGUGCGGGAGUUUGCAGAGGCGCUUGAGGUCAUUCCAUACACACUGGCAGAGAAUGCUGGGCUGAAUCCGAUUGCGAUAGUUACGGAGCUCCGGAACCGGCAUGCUCAGGGGGAGAUCAAUGCGGGGAUCAACGUCCGCAAGGGGCAGAUCACGAACAUCCUCGAGGAGAAUGUGGUGCAGCCACUGCUAGUGAGCACAAGCGCAAUAACGCUGGCAACGGAGUGCGUGAGGAUGAUUUUGAAGAUUGAUGAUAUAAUUACGGUGAGGUAGGUAGCCUUUAAUCAAAACGUGAACGUGAGUUAUAUAUAUAUUUUUAUGUCUAAGCUCCAUGGCUUGUUUGUGUAAUGGUUGGUGGUCUUCUGUCCCUGGUUUUGUUUGGAAUGACGGUGGUAAAAUGGUUGCAUUUGUAGUGGAUUUGCUCGCAGGCAUUUAUUUCUAACGUGGGUUGAAGUAGUUUUUGGUUACAGUGUUAAAUGUUAGUUUGUUUUGGUA